CGUGAGUUACACCGCAUGAAAAGCAACGAAUUGACGCUCCCACAGCACAGAAUAGCAGACAGACGUAGACCCAACAUUACCCAACAAACCGAACCUCUGUUUCCGGUUGUUGUCCCGAUAACACUAACAUUAAUGUAUUUGACCAAUGCUUUCUUGCGCGUGGGGUGCCCCAUUUGUCUCAUUCCCCUUAUCCUACGCACCCUUCUCUCACUCUCUUAUCCGCACGCGCGCCUCCUCAACAAGAAACAACCUUUGCUUUGCUUUGCACUUUGUAGUAGUAGAGAGCACAUAGCAUUAGCGGCAUUGUUGACGAUGCUUGUGAUUUAGAAACGUUGCUAUGUAAUUGUUUUGUUCUUUGCUUUUUCUUCGACGGUGUCGUUUUGCUGUAUCAAGAGUUGCUUUCUGCCUCAGUCCUGCUGUCGUGGCUGGCCUGGCACAGAAGUUUUGCAGACUUGUUCCCAUGUCUUUUCUCGAUAACAUUAUUGUACGUUGUUUCCAUAAGUGUGAGAGUGAGCUUUUGCAAAUGGGUACCUAAAGGGAAGAGAAAGCUGUUUUUUUUCUUCCUCCUCUUUACGUGUUUUGUUGGUGAGGGAAACAUAUUCAUGGGAAUGUCAAGUAUUUUUCUGAGCAGUGAAAGAGAAAGAGAAUGUGUGCUGAGAGUUGAAUGUGUUUAUUGGUUUUAACAAUGUAGAGAGGAACCCAUUGUGGUUUGAGGAAGGUGGUUUUGACUUUCGGUACUUUUGGUUUUGGAGUGUCGGUGGUUUUUGGAGUGUUGCAGAAAUGAAUGAUUCCUCGGUGAAGAAUUUGGCUAUCACGGAGAAGAAGGUGCAGCAGCAUAAGCCUGGUGGUUGUGUUGGCAUUUUCUUUCAGCUCAUUGAUUGGAAGAGGAAACUCUCCAAGAAGAAGCUCUUCUCCAAGAAGCUUCUUCCUCCUGCUCGUGCAAAAAAGUUUAAGGGAGAUGAAAAAAUGCCGAAUUCCAAGCUUCACUUGAUUGCUAAUGAGAAUAGUGGAGGUUUUCCUAGUGCUAAAAAAGGUGGGAAUCAUGGUGUAGAUGGAGAGCAAAAGAGUGACUUGCGAGUUCCGAGUCUGGUAGCUAGGUUGAUGGGUCUAGAAUCUAUUCCGGCAGCUCAGCGAGAUAAGUCCAAGAAAGCCGUGUUGGCUGAUGUUUGUGCUGAUGGGAAGAAGGAGUCUUCGGCUGAUCAUGGUGAGUUGGAUAGGCAAGGUGUCGAUUUGGAAAUGGGAGUUGUAAAACAUGAUUCAAGACCUCAGAAGCUUCAGAAAACCGGGGUGUAUGAGAGAAGGGCAGUGACUAGGUUUGGAGCUGAGGCACUGCAAAUUAAGAGUGUUUUGUCGCGAGCAAGAAAAUAUAAUCAUCAUCAUCCAAAGCUUGCUUCUUCUUUGAAAAGCCCGAGAGUUCCUUCUGGAAAAAGUGCUUCUCGAAGCGCUAGGUUAAUAGGAGCAGCUACAAAAAUUUUGGAACCUGGACUGCAAAGCAGAAGUAGAGCUAAAAAUUCUCUCACAUAUCCUGCUUCCUUGUAUCCUCAUAAGACUGGCAUUGUGUCAAAUGGUGUGGAAGAUGGGUCAGCGAUUAUGCAAAAUCAAUCUUGUUAUAAAACCAGCCCAUGCAAACAAUUGAUGGGGCAGACCUCUUGCAAAAACUGUGGUAAUUUGCUAGAUGUUGUUGACUGCAAGCUUGAGGUUGGGGGACAGUCUUUGGUUCCUCCGCCCAUUGUUUCAGAUGUGAUCACAGCUACAUCUAUGGAGAAGAAGGGAAAGUCAUUCCCUCCUCAUGGACAUGAAAGAGAUGUAGUUCUUCCGAUAAGUCAGGAAAAGCUCAUAUCUCUUGUUACUGAAGCAAAGGGUAAAAAUAAUGCACAUCAAUCAUGGAGUGAACCCACUGCCAGAAGAAUGCCAAUGCCCCAUGACGGUCCAGCUAAAUGGAAUUCAUCUUGCCUAUCAUCAAGGACCCUAGAGGAUGAUGCAUCUUCUUUUGCCUUAAAACACAAAACUCAAACACAAGAACAGAUGUUAAGCAGUGAAAGAUAUUCAUCUGGAUCUACAACAAGUGAUAUGCAAGUAAAAAGGGUAUUGUCAUCUAUGAGUGCUGUGAAUGGAACUAAAGACUUUGUUGCUAUGAAUAGAAGUCUAAGUGGCCGAUCAAGGAUGAGGUCACCUACCAAAGCGGAUAGUUCCAAAUUUGACCUAGAGAAAAAACCUUACAAUCGACAGCAGAGUUCCUUGUCUCAUGGAAGGACAUUAGAGAGAAAAAGAAGGAUCCCUAAUGUCACACAACUGGAAGGCGCGGGUUCUGUUUAUUCAGUUGAUGCAAAACAGAGAAAUCUCCAUUCUGGUGGAAUGGGUGGCAAAAUAAGGGACUUCAAUGCUUCCUCCCUGAACAAUUCUAUUGUAAAAAAUAAACAAGUUGGUCAAGGAGAAAGAUUUAUUAAGGUUAAUGACAAUAAGAUCAAUGUAGUGUCAUUUAAUCCCCCCUUGAAGCAAAAGAUAGGAAUCCAUGGCAAGAGGGAAGAGACAAGCAGUGAUAAUGAGAGUAUGAGGUAUUUCCGAAGGCCUUCGCCUCUGAGAGUUGAUGCUUUAGGUGCCUUUCUAGAACAAAAAUUGAAGGAAUUAACCUCUCAAAGAGAUGAGGAGUUGGCUACAGGUGCUCCACCUAAAAAAUCGAGUGCCAUGAUUCUUCAAGAGCUGAUAUCUGCUCUAAGUUCCGAGAAUCUGAUCUGUCAUGAUGGUCAUCACAUGUUUAAUGAAAAUGUUGGUUUCCAUUAUGGGGCAAAACAAGAAAGGUUAUUAGGAACCUCUUGCAAUGGUAAUCAUCUGAGUCCUGGAUCUGUUUUGGAAGCUUCUUUUUCUUCCAGUAGUCUUGAUGAAAGCUCAGGGCAUGGUUUUCACCCUGAUUCCAUGAAUUACUCAUAUUAUGGUCAACUGGAACAUGAUACUGAACUUUCAGAUUCUGCAACAUCCUUUAAAAAAGGAAGCACAGGUGAGAUGCUGAGUGAUCUUAUCAACCAAAUUCCCAGGGCAUUAGAAAGUUUGCUCACUUUGGGGACAGAAUUGACAAGAAGCAAGCUUGGCCAUAUGAAGGAUAUUCUCUUGCAUGCUGAGUUAGUGCUUGGAAUUGCAACUGAUCGCAGAGAGGAUGAAGGGCCACAACUUCUAAUUUAUCGGUUUCUUGGUGAUGAUCUUGACAGUAUGGCGAGUGAUGCUAUGUGGACUGAUGCUAAUGGCGUUGUUGUGGGUUGUGAGGAUUCUAAACAGAGAAAGGAGCUAAAGGGGUUUCUCCUUGAUUGUGUUAUAGAAUAUCUAGAAUCAAAUUGCUGCCAAUAUUUUAACUCUGGAUCCAAGGCAUGGACAAAGCUGCCCUUAUGCAUGAAAGCUGAGAUGUUGGCUCAAGAGGUGAAGAGGGAGAUCAAUGAGUGGUUAUCUAUGGUUGGGAUGGUACCUGAUGAAAUUAUAGAAUGGGAAAUGAGCCACUCCUUGGGGAAAUGGACUGACUUUGAUAUUGAAGCAUUUGAGGCUGGUGUUGAUAUAGAUGGGGAUAUACUUCAAAUUUUGGUUGAUGAAGUUGUUCAAGAUCUUGCAGGUUGCAAGCAAGGCACCAUUUCCUUCUAAAAUUCCUUUCAGCUGUUUCAUGCAACAUCUCACCAGUCAUUUCUCUGGCGAGAUGUUGUGAUCUAACAAGGUGUAUUUUUUGUACAAAUAGGAUUAUGGUAUUUCUUAUGGAGGCUUUUUUGAAGCUCUUUGUUGAAUUAGUAGACAAAAAUAAAGUCCAGUGACCAAGUUUUUAUUUACUAUUUUUUCAAUUUUAUGUGUCUGUGAUUUGCGUAAAA